AAUUAUCAUUAGUCAUUUCCUCUUUUGAGGAAGUCACGGUUUGUGAUACUUGGAAACUCUGCUUGUUGUAGUCAUCAUCCGCACAUCUGCACAUAAGUAAGAGAAAAACCAGUGGGAAGGACAUAGUGCUAGGAGGAAGCAAGAAGAUAAGACCAGUUGGAACUCCAGGGAAGAAUCUCUAAUUCAGUGCAAUUCCAUCCUUUGUCUCAGCAAAUUGUGAGGAGGAAGAUUUGAAGGGCAGGAGACCCUGGAAGAGCUGGUGGAGAGGACAGCACCACAAGUGGCUUCAUGGAGUCGCAGGCAACAACAAAGGGAACAUUCUCAUCCUUUCCCCAGAUGGGUACCAUUUCCUUCCCACAAGGUCCAACAGGAACACCUGUGCCAUUUUAUAAAUCGAAAGCAUACCUGCAGAACUUCCUGAAAGGGGAGCCCAAGGUGCUGGGGACUGUCCAGAUCAUGAUCGCCCUGAUGAACUUUGCCUUGGGAAUGAUUAUCAUUUUGGUUCAACCGAGACGUUACCUACAUGAACGUUUUUUUCUCAGCACUGGCUACAUAUUCUGGGGAACAGCAUUUUUCCUUGUCUCUGGCUCCCUCUCCAUUGCUGCAGAGAAUAAAACCACAAACACUCUGGUCCAAAGUAGCCUAGCAAUGAACACUGUCAGUGCAGUGGCAGCAGGGCUGGGAAUCAUCUUUUUAUCAAUCAACUUGGCAAUGACUGAUUCAUUCUAUUUUUCUUGUUACCGUGAAAUUUCCCAUGAAACCUGUGUUUGCGCUUUGACUCUUUUACUGGUGAGUACUUCCAAGAGGUGGCCCCUUAUGACUGUGGAUGUUUGA